GAGCUGCGCUCGGCUAGUUGGGGCUGGGGCGCUUCAUCCCGGAAGUGGCUCGAAGGCCGUUGAGUCCGAGUCGUUUCCCUGGGGUCGCUGGGGUGCUGCUGCCGACAUGGCCGACCCCGACCCCCGCUACCCCUGCUCCUCCAUCGAGGACGAUUUCAACUAUGGCAGCUGCGUGGCCUCCGCCAGUGUGCACAUCCGAAUGGCCUUUCUAAGAAAAGUCUACAGCAUCCUUUCUCUGCAAGUUCUCUUAACUACAGUGACAGCUUCUUUUUUUUUAUACUUUGAGUCUAUACGGACAUUUGUACAUGAAAGUCCUGCCUUAAUUUUGGUGUUUGCCCUUGGAUCUUUGGGUUUGAUUUUAGCAUUGACUGUAAACAGACAUAAGCAUCCCCUUAACCUGUACCUGCUUUUUGGAUUUACACUAUUCGAAGCUCUGACUGUGGCCUUUGUUGUUACUUUCUAUGAUGUAUAUAUUAUUCUGCAAGCAUUUAUACUGACUACUGCUGUAUUUCUUGGUUUGACUGGAUAUACUCUACAGUCUAAGAGAGAUUUCACCAAAUUUGGAGCAGGACUGUUUGCUGUUUUGUGGAUUUUGUGCUUGUCAGGAAUCUUGAAGUUAUUUUUCUAUAGUCAAACAGUGGAGCUGGUCUUGGCUGCUGUGGGAGCCCUUCUCUUUUGUGGAUUCAUCAUUUAUGACACACACUCACUGAUGCAUAGGCUGUCACCUGAAGAGUAUGUAUUAGCCGCCAUCAGCCUCUACUUGGAUGUCAUCAACCUCUUCCUGCACCUGUUGCGGUUUUUGGAAGCAGUUCAGAAAAAGUGAUUGAAAGCAGUAUAUGGACACUGAUUCAUUAAGUAAUAAAGUUUGAGAUAUAAUAAACUAUUAAAUGCUUUUGUGACUUUCUUCAUAUGCUAUGUACUUCUGAGCUAUUAUAUAGUAUAAUAGUAAUAUCUGUGUUACUAUUGUAUAAAAGUGAUUAUAAUAAUAAAUCUGAUUAUAUGUAAUUUAUAUUAGAUAUAUGAUGUAAUUACUAGAUUAUAUGCUAAUAAUAUAAAUCUUACUAUUCUUUAUGGUAUCUCAUUUCUAAAUCCUUGAUUUAGAAUCUCAGGUAGGAGAUUCCAUUUUCUCAAUCCUAAACUUGCCAUAUAUAGAUUGUUCAUCUGCAAUUCAAAAAUAAUUUCAUGAGUAGAUUAGACUGUCAGUUUAUCUGUGUCUAGUGAUUUUAUCUAAAUUUUUCCUUAAUUAAUGUUAGAAUUGAUUUUGAUUUUAGAGUACUUGUAUCCUUAUCAUUAUAAAGUGUAAAUUUCCUUCUACUAGGAGAUUUUGGUCUGACUUAGAAAGAAAAAAGCAUAAAAGAUAAAUUCCACUGAAUUAUUCAGCAUUAUAUUAAUAUGUUAAUGACAUUUCAUUAUAAAAUGUAUUAAAAAUGAAAUGUCUUCUUGAAAGUCAGAUAAUUUUGACAUAAAAUUUGACAUUAUUAGUUUUUUUUAAGUACAGUUUCCGUAUAAAAAUUACAGCGGUGUACCAGUGGCCAAGCAAACUUUCGCGAAUUCCUUCAUUGUAUUAGUUUGCUAAGGUGCCAUAGGCCUGGGUGGCUUAAACAAAAAUUUAUUUCCUCACAGUUCUGGAGGCUAAAAGUCUGAGAUCAUAGGUUUGUUUCUUCUGCGAUCUCUCUCUUGGCUGGUAGACGGUCAUCAUCUCCCCAUGUUUUUACAUGGUUUUCUCUUUGUACUUGUCUGUGUCCAAAUUUCCUCUUCUUACAAGGACACAAGUCAUACUGGAUUAGGGCCUACCCUAAUGACCUCAUUUUACCUUAAUUACCUCUUUAAACACCCUGUCUCCAAAUAUGGUCACAUUCUGAGGUACUAGGGGUUAGGACCUUGUAAUAGUCUGAAUGUUUUGUUGUCCCCCCUCCCCCCGCCAAUUCACAUGUUGAAACUUAAUGACCAGUGUGAUAGUAUGAGGUGGGGCUUCUGGGUCAUGCUUAGGUCAUGAGGAUGGAGCUUUCAUGAAUGGGAUUAGUGCUCUUAAAAAAGUGACCCCACAGAGAUCCCUCACCCUUUAUGUUACAUGAGGUAACAGUGAAAAGACAAAAUCUUCGAACCAGGGUAAGAGCCUUUAGACACUGCAUUUGCCAGUACCUUGAUCUUGGACUUCCCAGCCUCCAGAACUGUGAGAAAUUUCUGUUGUUUAUAACUACCCAGUCUCUAGUAUUUUGUUAUGGCAGCCCAGAUAGACUAAGACUUCAUCAUACGAAUUUUGGGGGGCACAACUCAGCCCAUAACACCCACUAAGCAUCAUUCCCCAGCUAUUAAGUUGAAAUAAAUUAAUACUGUAGAAUUAGCCUUUGGUAAGUUUUAGAUGUAAAUGUGAUUCCAUCAUUAUCAAUUAAUUGUUGAAUACUCUGUCGCAUGAUGCUAUACUCAAGUUUAACAUAGUAUGGUGGGUAAGGGCAUUUAAAUUGGAAUCCUUGCUGUGCUACCAGCCGAUGGAUGAUGUGACUUUGGCAAGUUAUUUAUCCUUUCUUACUUAGGUCUUUUGCCUCAUCUUUAUAAUGGGAAUCAUAAUACCUACUUAUUGGACUAUUAGAAGGAUUAAAUGAGUUGGAUAUGUCAUAUAAACUGAGUGCUUAAUGUCAGCUACUAUUAAUUCUUACUGGCAGUCCAAAGGAAGAAUGCGCUGAAUUGUGACUAAAGAUUCUAAAUAAGCAAAAACAGAGUUGACAUUUAAAAAAUGUAAAACAGUGCCAUUCUUUUCAGUAAAUUAUUUUUUGGUUUGGAAAAUAGUUUUUUUUAAUAAAAAUAAUGUAGACAUGUA